AUGGACGAGUACAACCCGGAUAACGUCUUUCGCAAGAUUCUGGACGGCCAGAUCCCUUCCUACAAGGUGCUGGUCAAGCAAGCACUGCCUCCCCCGUCACCUUCGUCACGAAUGGCUGGCACUGUCAACGCGACUGACACUGGCAAUAUCUUCGAGACGGAGCAUGCUUUGGCCAUCCUGGACGCCUUUCCCGCCGUCAAGGGCCAUAGCCUCCUGAUUCCCAAGGGCAACUACGUUAGCGUGGCUGAUAUGCCCGCCGAGGCCGCUGCCGACUUUUUCAGUGCCCUCCCGCGUCUGAUCAACAUUGUCAAGACUGGUACGCAAGCCGAUGCUGUAAACGUUUUCAGCAACGUUGGAACGGCUGCGGGUCAGCUAUUCCUCAUUUCGCCUGAGCCCCCCGCCCCCGUCUUCCCACGCGUGGCUUGCUCGUUGGGGUACAAGGAGCAUGUCUUUCACCCCACAACGUUUCACCCUCAGGUCGUCAUGCACGCACACGUUCACGUGGUGCCACGCAUGGAGGAAGACCAGCUCUUCAAGCUCCCGGCAUCAGGUGGCAUGCUCGCACCCGAUGCUGCCGCCCCGGUGCUUGCUGGCCUGCAUGCUGCAGACCAGUCCUAG